AUGAGCAGCGCCCGCUCCCGGCGCUGGGCUCUCGCCAUGGACACUAUGAAAACCACCUACAUCGUGCUGGAGCUCAUCAUCGCCGUGCUCUCCAUCGCUGGCAACGUGCUGGUCUGCUGGGCUGUGGCCAUCAACAGCACCCUGAAGAACGCCACCAACUAUUUCCUGGUGUCUCUGGCCGUGGCUGAUAUCGCCGUGGGGUUGUUGGCCAUCCCUUUCGCCAUCACCAUCAGCAUUGGCUUCCAGGUGGAUUUUCACAGCUGCCUCUUCUUCGCCUGUUUCGUGCUGGUGCUGACCCAAAGCUCCAUUUUCAGCCUGCUGGCGGUGGCCAUCGACAGGUACCUGGCUAUUAAGAUCCCACUGAGGUACAACAGCCUGGUGACCGGCAAGAGGGCCAGGGGACUCAUCGCCGUGCUGUGGCUCCUGUCCUUCGGGAUUGGGCUGACCCCACUGAUGGGCUGGAACAAAGCCAUGAGUGGCUGUCCCAACGCCACCAACGAGACAGGGACGGAGCCCCACGGCUGCUUCAUCUCGUGCCUCUUUGAGAACGUGGUGACCAUGAGCUACAUGGUCUACUUCAACUUCUUCGGCUGCGUGCUGCUCCCGCUCGUCAUCAUGCUGGGGAUCUACAUCAAGAUAUUCAUGGUGGCCUGCAAGCAGCUGCACCAGAUGGAGCUGAUGGGCAACUCCAGGACCACCCUGCAGAAGGAGGUGCACGCGGCCAAGUCUCUGGCCAUCAUCGUGGGGCUUUUUGCCUUCUGCUGGCUGCCCCUGCACAUCUUGAACUGCAUCACGCACUUCCACGAGGACUUCUCCAGAUCCAAGCCCGAGUGGGUGAUGUACGUGGCCAUCAUCCUCUCCCACGCCAACUCCGUCAUCAACCCCAUCAUCUACGCCUACAGGAUCCGGGAUUUCCGCUGCACCUUCCGCAAGAUCCUCUCCAAGAUCCUCUGCAAGGCCGACGACCUCCCCAAAUGCCCCUCCGACCACAACCAGCACCUGACUGUCAUCCACAUCAGCUCCCCCGCGGCCUCGGUGACAGUGUGACCCUGCCAGCCCUGACACUGCCCUGCCCGUGUGAGCCGUCCCAGGAGUGCUCACAGAUGACCACUAUGCACUCGUGCAGCUGUUUUUAUUUUUAUUUUUGUAAUUAACUCGUAGAGGAGUGACCUGAGCGGGGACACUGAGUGCAGCUCGCCCUCCUCUGUAGCCCCAGGGGGUGUGAGAGCUGUGAUCCUGUUGUGUUUCCUUUCCAGGUGUUUCCUUUCCAGGUUGGACACUGACUGGGGAAGGCUCACCUGCUGGGGGGGUGUUUCCCCAAUUGUGCUGCUCAUGUCAAGUCAUAGGAUCUUUAUUUUAAUUAUUAUUAUUAUUAUUUUUUAAUAUUUUGGUUCAUUUAGGAGUAAUAAUUUUGUGUCUGUUUUUUGAGUUGUUCUCCAAGUCCAUACUUGACAGCACUUUGGUAAUACCCGAAUUAUUCCAUCAAUUGUUUGAUGCAGCUUGUAUUCUCUGAUGGGAAAAAGUCUUACUUAGCCCAGUUGCUGGUGUGAAACUGAAUCUGUGUUCCAGGCACUGAGGGAGGGGCUGUGUGCAUGGGAAAACCAGCUCAGACCUGGCCAGCCCAGCAUGGAAACCCCAUUGACUGAAAGAUUUGAGAAAACGCUUGACCAAGGUUUUAGAGCAGAGGUUUUAUGGCCUUUAGUCCCCAGGACUGUGCAGCCCCAGUGCUUCAGGUUUGCUUCUGGAUCUGUUUCCAGCUCUCAGAAUGCAGCAGGCAGAAGUGUCCCAAUCCUGAGCCACAGCCACCAAGGCCACUGUCACUGCCUUGGGGACACGAGCUCUACAAUCAGGUUUUUGCUCCCAGCUCAACACUUGGCAGCCUUGCAGGGCUCCCACAAGUGCAGGUUUUAGCUGUGAGGUGGCUGCUGCAGCUCACCUGAGUCCUAAAGCUUGGUCUGGCCAGGGCACCCCUGCAGCCCUGUAACCCCCAGAAGCUGUGAAUGCUUUUUUUUUCCUCCCAAUACUAAUUUUUAUCCCUGAAAAAUUAUACUUGAAUCACACAGAAAUCAACUUUAUAUUUUUUUUGAAUUCUGUUGCACUAAAAGGGGAUACAAGACCCCAAGAGUUUAAUUUCUCUGGCAUAUAUUAUGACAAAUAUGGUGUAAAAUCAAUUGAAAAACGGAAGAAAUCUUGUUCCUGCAGCAUCUCCUCUGCCAGCUGGCAAAAGCUGCAGGCAGCAGCUGCAGGAAUGACUCUGGGCCCACCAUGCACAGGGAACGGUUCCCUGGGAGUGCUGGAUUUCACUGCCACUGGAGCAGCUCAGCCCCAAACCUGGGUGCAAUCACCAGAAUGGGUUUGCACAUGUUUAUGCAAUUUCCAAAUUUAGCUGCAGCUCAGACAGGGCCGUUUCCAGCACGAGGCUGAGCAGUUCAAGCCACUGUCCCAAGUGCUUCUCCUUUAACAGCCCCAUUCAGCUUCGCUGCAUCUGCCUUGGUCAGGGGCCAGCUGACACCGGGGCCACCUCCUGCCAUUUGGGCAGGGCCCUCCCCUCCCUUCAUUCCUUCCCUCCUGUGUUAUCUUUGGCCGUGUUCCUCCCCUUAAUCACGGCUGGAAACACGCAGGGUUUCACCUGCAGCUCUGGCAGCGCUGCCAAGUGGUUGCAAGCCACAUUUAUCCUCACAACAAAGGCUGGAAUCUCUGCUUGUGGCUGCCUGAAACCGACCCAAACUCUCAGCAGCAACAGGGUGAAGCUCUCGGUGCUGUAACACCAGAACAGUUGAACACAUGAGAGCCUCCAGUGCA